CUAGUUCUGGCCGUUCUCGCGUCUGUCCGGCCCGCCGCGGCCGCUUCGCGGGUGCUUCGCCCCGGCUCCUCAAUGCGCUCGGCCAACGGCCUCUGAGAGCGCUCACCGGGCGCCCCGGGAGCCGGCGGGCGGCGGCCCUCUCCGGGGACUCUCCAGCGGGCCAGGGGGACAAAAGUGGCUCUAAAUCCAGCGCAUGCACAUUGAAGCAAGUUAAAGGAUUUAAUAUGAAGCACAGAAGCAGAUAGUGCCAAGUAGCAAGAAGUAGUUGGUUCCCAUUUGGUGAGUGGGGCAGCAUUUCCUUCUCCCACUGCUGCUGAGAUGGCAGAAAUUAGUCGGAUUCAGUAUGAAAUGGAAUACACCGAAGGUAUUAGUCAGCGAAUGAGGGUCCCAGAAAAAUUAAAAGUUGCACCACCAAGUGCUGACCUGGAGCAAGGAUUCCAAGAAGGCAUUCCCAACGCGAGUGUGAUAAUGCAGGUUCCAGAGAGGAUCGUUGUAGCAGGAAAUAAUGAAGAUGUUUCAUUUUCAAGACCAGCAGAUCUUGACCUUAUCCAGUCAACUCCCUUUAAACCUCUGGCACUAAAAACACCACCCCGUGUACUUACACUGAGUGAAAGACCACUAGAUUUUCUAGAUUUAGAAAGACCUCCUCCAACCCCUCAAAAUGAAGAAAUCCGUGCAGUUGGCAGGCUAAAGAGAGAGCGCUCUAUGAGUGAAAAUGCUGUUCGCCAAAAUGGACAGCUGGUCAGGAACGAUUCCAUGUGGCACAGAUCAGAUUCUGCCCCAAGAAAUAAAAUUUCAAGGUUCCAGGGAUCGAUUUCUGCACCGGAGUACACUGUGACACCAUCGCCACCCCAGGCUCGGGUCUGUCCUCCCCAUAUGUUACCUGAAGAUGGAGCUAAUCUUUCUUCUGCUCGUGGCAUUUUGUCGCUUAUCCAGUCUUCUACUCGUAGGGCUUACCAGCAGAUCUUGGAUGUGCUGGAUGAAAAUCGCAGUGUGAGAAGACAAAAUGAAAUACGUUGUGAAAGACCUGUGUUGCGUGGUGGGUCUGCUGCCGCCACUUCUAAUCCUCAUCAUGACAACACCAGGUAUGCCAUUUCAAAUAUAGAUGCCACAAUCGAAGGGACAUCAGAUGACAUGACUGUUGUGGAUGCAGCUUCAUUAAGACGACAGAUAAUCAAACUAAAUAGACGCCUACAACUUCUAGAAGAGGAGAACAAAGAGCGUGCAAAAAGAGAGAUGGUUAUGUAUUCAAUUACUGUAGCAUUCUGGCUGCUUAAUAGCUGGCUCUGGUUUCGCCGCUAGAGGUAACUGCAGCAUUCAAAUAUAUUGUUUCAACAGCUGGAAAUAUAAAAGGAUUUGCAAACUUCCUUGUUUCUGUCUUUGCAUUGUAUGCCGUUUUAUAGUCCAUGCCCUGAAAAUGUAUUUCUCCCAGAAAAUAGGGGGGAAGAACCUAUAAUUUGUAGAAGUAAAGGUGUAUUCUGUUACUCAACUGUAUUCACUUUAGACCAGUUCUGCAGAGACACCGGCGUGACAUUCUCCUUUUGCAUGUUUUGUAAAUAGGCUCUAGUUUGUUUUCUUUUUAAAAAAAAAAAAGAAAUUGAUUUUUUUGCUUCAUCAUUCUAUACAACUCAUCCUGUGAGAGGCAGAGAGAGUGCGUACAGAAUGGACUUAGAAAACUCUGUGAAAGCAAAACAAUGACUGUCCUCUUCCUUAGAUACUAUUGAGCAGUAGUCUUGUUAACAGACAUGGUUGCAUCGACAUUUCAGCAUUAACAUGCUACAAGUCAUGGUCUAGUUCCUGUCUUAACAAAAAUGACCCACUACUACAUGAUCACCUGUACAUAUUAAAAUAAUUCCUAAUAAUUCAGCAGUUUAUCUGUGCAGUAUGUGUUCUUAUUUUCAUUUUAGUUUUGCAGAUAAUUUUCUAUAAAGUACGUUUUUACCAAGUCCAUGUGUGAACAAUAAAAAGUACAGAAUAAGGUACAAAUGUAGUGUAUUUAAUAAACUGUCAACCAAAGC